AUGAUGUGUUCUCUCAGCACCUCCAGCACGCCGGGCUUGCCCCAGCCUCCGGUUCGGCACACCGAAUUCCCCUUGCCUGGCGCGCUCUUCCUCCAUCUCGUCACCUGGCCACCUUAUCGUCCGGGUAGCAGCAGACGUGUCACGGUUCUCAGGGGGCUCCUGGGCCUCCGUCCCCUCCCUGGGAGCGGCGGGCAGGCCCCAAAGCCCGCCUCCGGGCCCACCCGCUGGGCCCCGCCCGCCGAGCGGAGGUCAGUCCACCUUGUAGCUGGUGGCCUACAUGGCGGCCACCAUGUAAGAAGGCCACCACCUAAGAAGGCGGCCACGUGGCGGCAGGAGCCAGGCCCCCUAGCCUGGCAGAAGGAAUCGGCGCUGAGUUGA